AUGGCGUCAUCAGGAGGCAGUGAUCUUUUCAGGGCGUGGUUGGAGGCGCAGGGAGCACAGAAUGGUGCGGUAACCACGUUAACGGCGGACAGUGUUAUGGCGACCUUGGAGAGCGAUUUGGAAGCAACGUGGGAGAAAUUGAAGAGUUGGCUCUCGCACGGGGGGUCCCAUGAAAUAGGGAGACUCUGUAAAGACGUGGCAACAAAUGUGCAGGGUGGGGGGGGUACGACGGGGCAGAGGGAGGCUUAUCUGAAGAAUGUAUGCAAAGGAAUCGCUGAAAUAAAGUACUUCAUGAGCGGUGUAGAAACUAGGAAGGAGGGUAAAACAACGGAAGAUGUGUCACCCACUUAUGAGAAAGUCGAAGGUCCUGAAGCUUAUAAACGUUGCAUUGUUGGCACUGUCGCCAUGUCCACAAUUUAUGGAGAUCAUUGUACAUUGGAUGAAAUUAUUGGGGACAUUGAAAAUGGAGUGGAGCAGGAGUUAAGGGGCACACACCAGAGUGGAGGAGCAAAAUUGGACGCAUGUGGCGGAAUUACGAAGACGGACGUAGCAGUUGGUAGAUCCGUCCUUCAAGGUAAAAUCGAAAAUUGGUCGAAAGGGGAGAGGAGUGUGGGGAGCAAGGACGAUGGGUUCGCGAGGGUAGGGUACGUUUGGUCACAAUGGAAGAAUGUCUGUCCGCGGGGCAGGGCGGAGGACGAAGCAAAGAAGGAAGAGAAAGAGAAGAAUAAGGGCACUAUUGGCAAUUUCCUUAAAGUAGGCAGUGACACUCAUAGGGACCAAUUAAUGAACGAAUUAAUGAAUGAUAAGGUGCCACUAACAGUCGAAAACUUGAAGACAGCACUGCAGAAAUCCCUCGGAAAUGGUGGUAGUGGUGCUAUUGGCACUAUUGAAGUUGACAAUGUAAUGAAGAACUUAGAGGGAAGUAUCCAAAAGAAUGAAG